AUGAGCCGGUGUGCACGGAGCGGUGUGCACGGAGCGGGUGUGCACGGAGCAGGUGUGCACGGAGCGGUGUGCACGGAGCGGGUGUACACGGAGCGGGUGUGCACGGAGCAGGCCCUGGACCAGGAGGCAGAUUCCCGCCCUGGACGGCUGCUGCCGGGUGGGUGCCGGGGCCCUCCCCGGGGCCGGCGUGGGGUGCGCUGUGCCACCAGCAAGGCCCAGGCCUUCACGGAGACGGCGGGGAGCCCUGCCCCACAGCGGCCAGCCGCAGCGAGCCGGGCCGGGGGGCGCUGGAAGGUGCCCACGGACGGGAGGGCGCCCCGUCGCCAGGCCCUGCUCGGGGACCCUGCUGCCUCCAAGCCGCCCCCUCCCAGCCCGCUAGGGGAGUUCCGGAUGGGGGCUCCUCUCCCCAGGCCGCGGUGGAAGCAGGAGCUGCCCAGGCCGGUCGGCCUGGGCGGGGGCCGGGCCAGGCAGCGCUUGCUGAGCAGCCGGCUGCCGCCCCCCGGCUCUGGAAGAACGGGCAGGGGCCGGCUGGUCCCAGAGGCCGGCGGCGCCCUCCGGCCGCCCCCGCAGCCCGCGCAGGGGCCGUCCAGCGUCCUCGGCGUCCGGGGGGGCCCCCGCAGCCUGCUCUGCUUCCUCCCAGGGCACCCGGAGCCGGAGGUGACCUGGUACAAGGACGACCAGGAGCUGGACCGCUACUGCGGCAUGCCCAAGCCCCUGCUGCGACACCCACACCCCCCGCCCGGCGGAGACACGGCCCUCAGGACGGCCCCCCGCAGGGGCCAGCCGGCCGCGGGGCCCCGAGAGAGGUACGAGGAAGGCCGGAGCCCCUGCAGCGACUGGAGGCCUGCGGAGAGCAGCGGCCACGGAAGCCAGGCCAGCCCGGAGCCCACCAGAUGGAGGAGGCUGCAGCCGGCCCUGCGAGCCAGGCGCCUGUGCCGGGAGCACGCCCAGCUGUGGCGGUGGAUCUUCUGGGGCCUGCUGUGCGCUGGGCCGGGAGUGCUCGCUCGGCAGCCACGGGGCCUCGUGCUGGCCAGCAACUCUCAUGGGCAGGGCCGCGAGUGUGGGGUCCAGCGGGCGCGGGCAGAGACGCCGCCGGAGGCCGCAUCUGGGAAGCUGCAGCCUGAAGCUGUGGCGGCCCCAAGCCGAGGAGGCCACGUCCAGCUGGAGGAACACGAGGAGGCCGUGUCCACAUCGCGCUCGUCCGGCCGAGCCCAAGCGCAGAGGGUGUCCUGGCGGGCCGUGUCCUGGGGCCUCGCGCUGCAGUUUGCGCUGGGGCUCUUCGUCAUCAGGACGGAGCCGGGGUUUGUCGCGUUCCAGUGGCUGGGCGACCAGAUCCAGGUCUUCCUGAGCUACACCGUGGCGGGCUCCAGCUUCGUGUUUGGGGAGACGCUGGUCAAGGAGGUCUUUGCCUUUCAGGUGCUGCCCAUCAUCGUCUUCUUCAGCUGUGUCAUGUCGGUUCUCUACUACGUGGGCCUCAUGCAGUGGGUGAUCCUAAAGAUCGCCUGGCUGAUGCAGGUCACCAUGGGCACCACAGCCACCGAGACGCUGAGUGUGGCAGGGAACAUCUUCGUGAGCCAGGUGGGGCUGCCAGGAGGGGCCCGGCCCGGUGCACUGGCAGAGUCGGGGGGCCCUCCCAGAGAGGCCGAGGUGGCCGAGGGACGCUCCAUCUGGGGUGGCGCGACUGUCCACAUCGACGCUGCGUCCCUGGUCGCAGCCUCGGUGAUGGCCGCCCCCUGUGCCCUGGCCCUGUCCAAGCUGGUCUACCCCGAGGUGGAGGAGUCCAAGUUCAAGAGUGAGGAGGGAGUGAAGCUCUCCUACGGAGACGCCCAGAACGUCCUGGAGGCGGCCAGCACCGGGGCGGCCGUCUCCGUGAAGGUCGUGGCCAACAUCGCGGCCAACCUCAUCGCCUUCCUGGCCGUGCUGGCCUUCAUCAACGCCGCCCUCGCCUGGCUGGGGGACAUGGUGGACGUCCAGGGGCUCAGCUUCCAGCUCCUGUGCUCCUACGUCCUGCGGCCCGUGGCCUUCCUGAUGGGCGUGGCCUGGGAGGACUGCCCGGUGGUGGCCGAGCUGCUGGGCAUCAAGCUGUUCCUGAACGAGUUCGUGGCCUACCAGGAGCUCUCGCAGUACAAGCAGCGCCGGCUGGCGGGGGCCGAGGAGUGGGCGGCCGGCCGCAAGCAGUGGAUCUCCGUCAGAGCAGAAACCCUCACGACCUUUGCCCUCUGUGGGUUCGCCAACUUCAGCUCCAUCGGCAUCAUGCUGGGAGGCCUGACCUCUCCCCGUGUCUCCCUGAGGCUGAUUCGCAAGCGACUACUCCCACCCCGGCUUGGCCUUUCUGCCCCACCUCCGGGUCGGCCGCAAGGAGGCCGGCGCCAGGCUGAAGGGCCAGCGCAGUGUGCUGCUCGAGGGCAGACUGAGACGGAGCCCCGGGGGCCCGCGGCCACUGCCCCCCAGUAA